UCGCGGUGCCUUCAGACGCUUUAGCGUGAAGCACUGUUGGAUAGUCUCAAGUUUUACCUCGAAGACGUUUUGAACAGAUUUCAAUCAGUUCAAAUGAUUAAACCACCAUCACGAUGAAGAGUGUUUUCGUCCUUGCUGACAAAGCCUGGGCAGGUUCUAGCUUACUGUAUAAGUGGCAGAAAACCCUUGGUAAUUACAUCGCUGUUGCAGGACAGGACAACUCUGUGAAAAUAUUUGAUCGACAUGGACACAAGUGGUCUGAGCUCAGUCUGCCGGGGCGCUGUGUUGGGAUGGACUGGGAUAAAGAUGGGGAUAUUUUGGCAGUGAUAGCAGCAAAAUCCAGUUCGAUCUACCUCUGGGAUGCCAGUGUCAAUAAAACGUCCCAGAUAGAGAGCGGCAUGAGAGAUCAGAUGUCCUUCAUCUUGUGGUCAAAGACGGGCCCUUUGUUAGCUAUUGGGACAGUGAAAGGAAAUCUGUUGAUAUACAAUCAGCAGACCUCACGCAAGAUCCCUGUACUGGGAAAACACACUAAGAAGAUCACUUGUGGCUGCUGGAGUGUUCAGAAUCUACUGGCUCUGGGAAGUGAUGACAACACGCUGAGCAUCAGCAAUCAUGAGGGGGACACCAUCAGACAGACAACACUUCGUGGUGAGCCCGCUGAUAUCACUUUUUCAGAGAGGAAGACCAAUGAAAGGUCUGGGCAAGGAGAGAACACUGUGAGUUUGUCUGUGGAAAAUAAGAACUUGAUGCUCUUCAAUACCAAUGACCUUGAAAACCGGAUUGAGUUGACCUUCCAGCGCCACUAUGGACAGAUCGUGUCCUAUCGCUGGUACGGCGACGGCUACAUACUGAUCGGCUUCUCCCACGGGUACUUUGUGGUUAUUUCCACUCACAUCAAGGAGAUUGGAGAGGAGCUGCAUCAGGCUCGCAACCAUAAAGACAGCCUCAACAGUGUGGCCAUCUCGACGGCUGUAAACAAAGCGGCCUCCUGCGGGGACAACAGCAUAAAGAUCCACGAGUUGUCCGAGCUCAAAGAUAUCAGCAAUGUAAUCCAGCUGGACGAUGAGACUAAAGGUCUGGACCAGCUGAACUGGACGGACGACGGGCAGCUGUUGGCCGUCUCCACACAGAGCGGGACGCUACAUGUCUUCUUGACCAAGCUUCCCAUCCUGGGUGGCAGCUUUGGUACCCGGCUGGCCUACCUCACCUCUCUGCUGGAGGUCACCGUGUCCAACCAGGUCGAGGGGGAGAGUCCCGUGGUCAUACAGGUGGAAGUAGAGCCUACUUUCAUUGCGAUGGGACCGUUCCACGUGGCUGUGGGAAUGAACAACAGAGCGUGGUUCUACGCCCUGGUGGACGGGGAACCUGGUUUUAAUAAGCUCAAAGAUAUUGAGUAUUUGGGGACCAUAGCCAGUAUGUCCCUAAACUCUGACUACGCAGCAGCGCUGUUUGAGGGGAAAGUGCAGCUGCACAUGAUCGAAGGCAAAGACCAGGAUGAGAAGAAGCAGAUGAAGCUGUUUCCAGAGGAUGAGGGAAAAGGUCGGAUCAUUUGCCACGCCCUCACCGCCGACUUCCUCUACUACGGCACAGACGCGGGUGACGUGGUGUGCGUCUUGGUGGAGGACUGGGAGACGGUGAUCAGCUACAGCCACGCCGUCGGCGUGAGGAAGGUGUUCCCGGACCUCAACGGCACACGGCUGGUCUUCAUCGACGACAAGAGCGGCGGCUUCCUGCUCUCCCCCACAAAUGCGACAGAUUCUUGCUUUGAGCUCCCUAACUUCUCUCCCACCAUCACCGGUGUGCUGUGGGACAACUGGCAUGCUGACCGAGGAGUGUUUGUAGCUUAUGAUGAUGACAAGGUCUACACCUACGCCCUGCACAAAACUACCAUAUACGGCCCCCGGGUGGUGUUUGUGGGGAGCACGGCGCUCCUCUUUUCCCAGAAGCCUUUGCUCUUGCACAACGGAGAGCUGACAUGUCAGACGGCAAGCGGCAAGACCAGCGAGGUGGCUCUGAGCACACACUCCUUCCUCAAGAAGGCAAGCGGCACUCAGCAGGGGCCACAGCCGGAGCUGAGCACGCAGCUCGCCCUGGCGCUGAUGCUCAAGAGGUUCCACGAAGCGUGUGCUCUGUGCAAGUCUGCAGGUAGUAACACAGACUGGGCAGAGGUGGGCAAAGCAUGUCUGGUGCACAUGGAGGUCGAACUGGCCAUCCAGGUCUUCCGCAUGAGCAGCAAUGUUGGCAUGGUGCUGUCACUGCAGGGCAUCCAGCGUAUAGAGGACAUGAACCUACGAGCAGGGCAUCUGGCCAUGUUUCUAGGGGACUACAACCUGGCCCAGGACCUCUAUCUGUCUUCUGGCUGCCCAAUCGCUGCCCUGGAGAUGAGAAGAGACCUGUUGCAAUGGGACAGUGCUCUCAUGUUAGCAAAGAGGUUAGCAGAAGACCAAAUCCCCUUUAUAUCCAAGGAAUACGCUGUGCAUCUGGAGUUCAUUGGCGACUAUGUGAAUGCUCUGGCGCACUAUGAAAAAGGCAUGAUGCAGGAUAAUGGAUUCCAGGAGCACAACGAGGCGUGCAGAGCCGGGGUUGCCCGGAUGUCCAUCCGGAUGGGGGACAUCAGGAGAGGAGCCGCUCAGGCCAUUCAGCACCCGAGCAGAAUCCUCAAGAAGGAGUGUGGAGCCAUACUGGAGAGCAUGAAGCAAUUCUCUGAAGCCGCUCAGCUGUAUGAAAAAGGACAGUAUUAUGACAAGGCCGCAUCCGUCUACAUUCGCUGCAAGAACUGGGCAAAGGUUGGAGAGCUGCUCCCACACGUCUCCUCUCCCAAGAUCCACCUGCAGUACGCCAAAGCCAAGGAAGCGGACGGAAAGUUCAAAGACGCUGCGCAGGCGUACGAGAGCGCCAAAGACUGGGACAACGUGAUACGCGUGCUGCUGGAGCACCUGAACAGCCCGGAGGAGGCCGUCCGCAUCGUCAGGGAGACGCAGAGCAUCGACGGCGCAAAGAUGGUUGCCAGGUUCUUCUUGGGGUUGAAUGACUACAGCUCAGCCAUCCACUUCCUGGUGCUGUCCCAGUGCAACGACGAAGCUUUCCAGCUGGCACAGCAGCACGGGCAGAUGGAGGUCUACGCGGACAUCAUCGGUCCCGAGGCCACGCAGGAGGACUACCAGAGCAUUGCUCUCUACUUUGAGGGAGAAAAGAAGCACCUGCAGGCGGGGAAGUUCUUCCAGAAGUGUGGGCAGUACACCAGAGCCCUGAAGCACUUCCUGAAGUGUCCCAACACUGAUGACAACCUGGCUGUUGAGAUGGCCAUAGAGACGGUGGGUCAGGCCAGGGACAGUUCUCUCACCGACCAGCUGAUCGAUUACCUGAUGGGAGAGAGCGACGGUAUGCCCAAGGACGCCAAGUACCUGUUCCGUCUCUACAUGGCUCUGGAGCUGUACAGGGAGGCCGCUCGCACCGCCAUCAUCAUCGCCAGAGAAGAGCAGUGUGCAGGAAACUACCGGAACGCCCACGACGUGCUGUUCAGCAUGUACACCGAGCUGCAGGCCCAGAAGAUCAAAAUCCCAGCUGAGAUGGCCACCAACCUGAUGAUCCUCCACUCGUACCUGCUGGUCAAGGUCCAUGUGAAGAGGGGCGACCACCUUAAAGGGGCUCGCAUGCUCAUUCGCGUCAGCAACAACAUCAGCAGGUUUCCAGCGCAUGUUGUUCCCAUUCUGACGUCCGCGGUCAUCGAGUGUCACCGCGCCGGACUGAAGAACUCUGCCUUCGGCUUCGCCGCCCUGCUGAUGAGACCAGAAUACCGAAACAAGAUCGACCCAAAGUACAGAAAGAAGAUCGAGGCCAUGGUUCGACGCCCGGACACGUCGGAGCUGGAGGACGAAACUACUCCGUGUCCCUUCUGCGGCUUUCAGCUGCCACAGAACGAACUGCUGUGCAUCUCCUGCAAGAACAACGUGCCCUACUGCAUCGCCACGGGUCGUCACAUGCUCAAAGAAGACUGGUGUGUGUGUCCUCAUUGUGAAUUCCCUGCGCUCUACUCUCAGUUCAUUUUGUUACUGGAGACGGAGACGGUGUGUCCGAUGUGCUCCGAGACUCUGAGUGUUGAACAGAUAAAGAAGAUUCCGGAUUGUUCCCAAUACCUGCAGACUGAUGGGCUGGAUCAAUGAGGAACGAAAACACAAACCAUGUGUAUAGACGUCAUGUCUCUUUCUAUUUGUUUAAAUAUGUCAUAUAUAUAUUUUGGAUGGCUUGGAUACAGCUUUUAGUUUUGUAUGAUGGGGAUAUCAGUGCAGUAACUGAGUAUCAAAGAUGCUUGAGAUUUUAAUAUGUGAAUGUCAAUAAAUCAAAACUGUCUUUU